AGAAAAUUCUCGUUUGUUUUCCUUUCCUUGCAUCAGCUCUCGCGUUUGCUUCGUCGAGGAUCGUCGUUUCGUUUUGUGGUGUGGCAGUUUUGUGCGUCGUCGUCGAAAAAGAGAAAAUAAUCCAUCGGAAGCAUUUCAAUUGUGCGACAUUUUUGCGCAAAUCAUUUGGGGGGAUCCGUGUUCAACGCGCGCGAGUCAAAAUUUUCCCCGAAAGGCAUUUCGUUUCGCGGUCGCGACGUCCGAAAAGUGUCCGUAAAUGUGGCGCAGCAGCAGUGAAAAUGACCGAAAUACUACAGCAAGACAUCCAGCAGCUGCUGGAGCACUUCUCCAAGAACCUCUACCGUGCAAAGGAGUGCGAAGUUGGCGAUGAAAUCGUGCAACGAUGUGGAAAACUGAUGCGUUUGGACUACAGCGUGGUGGAUGUUCCGAACCAGAAUGGAGAGCUCUCGGCACACUAUCCAGCCAAACUGUUGAUCCCCGAGCAUGAAGUGAAAAGGACCUAUUCGUUUGAGGCGUCCACGUAUGGCGAAUAUCAGCCACAGGACGACUGCGAUUUGGGUACCCCCCGUAACGGAGGAGGUGGUUCAGAUUCCAGAGCAUCCCCGCCGUCGAACCGGGAUCAGCUAAUUGUUGAUGGAAAGCUGGACGCCCAACGGUUGCGAAAUUUGAUACUGAAGGCACGGCGGGCACGAUGCCGUGCACGCUUUCCACUGCCGGUUAUUCUGUACAACGGAAAGUACGUCUGCCGAUCGGCCACUCUUUCCGGUGGGCCCGAAAUUUACGGUCGAUCCGGAUUAGAAUACUUUGCCUACGCAGCGGAAUCUGAACUACAAGAUCAGGGAGGUGCAGACGAGACUGUCGAAGCGAGAGAAGAAUCAGCAUCAGACGAACCAAGCUCCAAAGACUGGCCCCUGUUUGGGCGACUGCGCCGAAAGGACAUCCGGUUGCUUAAAGCACUCAACGUAGGCACCAUAAUCGAUUUCAUGGUGGAGAACAAAAAGGUGAAGUUUUGGCUAAACGUUACCUCGUCGGAGAAGGUGGACAAAGAGAAUCGGUAUAGCUUUUUCAAGCUGUUAGCACUGCCUUAUCCCGGUUGCGAAUUCUUCCGGGAGUACCGGGACAACAACUAUAUCGGCGAUGGGCUCAUCUUCGACUGGAAUCAAUCGUACGUGGAUGCGGGAAUUCGCGUUCCGGAGGAUUCCGUCACGGCUCAGCUGAACAUCGACUGGACCAACUACAAACAGUGGGAUUUGGUGAAGAUUACUCAAAACUACCUGCGGUUGCUGCUCAAGUACCUUCAGGAGAGCAGCACCGGGAUAUUGGUUCACUGUAUCAGCGGUUGGGACCGAACGCCACUUUUCGUUUCGCUGCUGAGAAUUUCUCUCUGGGCGGAUGGUGCAAUUCAUCAGUCGUUGGACGCGGCACAGAUGCUGUAUUUAACGAUCGCAUACGAUUGGAUGCUGUUCGGUCACAAUUUGCCCGAUCGGUUGAACAAGGGCGAGAUCAUAUUCUACUUCUGUUUCUACAUACUCAAAUUUAUCAACGACGAGAGUUACAGUGUCUUAACUCAUAGACUCGAUUACAGAUUCCGAAGCCAUCACAGUAGCGGCAGUAGUAGUAUAGACGUAAUUCGGACCGACAGCGACAGCAUGAUCGACGGCGGAUUGUUACUAGAUGGCGAAAGUCGCGGUUCCAGCGUCUCGUUGAACUCGGUGUCCAGUUAUACAAGCGGGAGAAGCUCUUCGACGCACGAUACGCAAACGUGCGUUAGUUCGGCAGUCGGACUGACCAGUGGUGCAGCAAGCAAUAGUAUAGCAAUCGCAAACCACGUGGGGAACGGUGGUAGAAAUGGUGGUGCUCACAGUUGCAAUGGCGACGAUAGUGUAAACUCGUAUAAUGGCAAUAACGGAUUUGCCCCGCAUAGUCAUGAAAGCAGUAGCAGUAUUGGAUGCAUAUCUCAUGAUAGCUCGAACCAUAAUAUCCAAUGGUCACCUCAACCAAGCAGAACUAGUCCCGUAACAGUGCCAAGUACCAAUAGGUUAAGACAACGCCAAGAGUCUUCGUCGUCGCUUUCGGUCGGUAGCUGGCAGAUGAUAACCGGAACCGGCAGCUACCGCAGUGCCGAGUCGGUCAAUGAAAUGCAUUCCCAUCUGCAGCAGAAUCCUGGCCACAACAACUGCCCUAACCAUCAGCAUCACCACCACCACCACCAUAACCAUCAGAACCAAAACCAGAACUUCAACAGUAAUAACCAGCAACCAGCUAGCAACCAUUCGUUGCAAUUCAACCUGUCGGGUACCGGCAGCAGCGCUGCGGGGCCAUCGAACAGCGCUUCCACGCCAAAUGCUAACCAGAAUCAUAUACCCAGUCAAACAACCAGUUGCUGUACGACCGUCGACGGCGAGUGCUACGCAAAUCGGUUAGAUCUGUUCGCCAUACGACGGGAACGCCUCGAGCAGCUUCGAACGCUGUUCUACAACUGUUACUUCUCAACCAUUGCAUUCACGUUCAACAACGGCCCGGAUUCCGCCCUCGGCAGCCUACUGGGGAACUUUGCCGAAAAGGUCGGCCUGACGAAUCGAACAUCCGUCUAGAGGGAAAAUUGUACGUUUAAAUCAACUACUAACUAUUAUCAAAAAAAUCGGACCGCGAGCGUGCGCAUACAUAUGUGUCUUCCGCUUUAACGAAACAACAUUACCUAGUGACAAAGAACAAAGUCUGCCUCUCCUUCUCAGUGUGAUUCGUUCAAAAUGUCCCCGAAACGGAAGCAAUGUUUGAAAAGUCAUAAUGUUUUACUCAACAAUGGAAGCAACUUCCUUUUUCUGUCUUGAAAAUACUUCUCAAAUUUUGACUUGCUAAACAUUGAUUGCUUUCGGCGCACCCUAAUCCCCAUACGUAUCCAUAAGCACAUUAUUAGGAGGAGAAAGACCAAAACCGAAGGAAGAAUAUAAUAAUGAUGUUACUGAUUUUUAGUCAAACUGUCGACACCGAAAAUAUAGGAAACUAACGAUUAAUGCGAAACCAAUAACACCUAUAAGCCGAGGUGGUGUUCAUUUCUCAGAUAUUCAAAGAAACUGUCAAUACUAUUCAUAGCCAUUAGCGGCGAUUUUUGAACGAAAUCUAGAUUGAUCGAAUUAUUACGGCACGGCCGAGCGAGUCGCUUUUUGACUAUUUUCAUUUAGUAAGUUAUUAUCAUUGUUGAAACUGUAUUACAUUUUUUUGUAAAAGAAAAGAAUCUAAUGUUAAUUUGCCUUGUUUUUAAAGUGAAAGGGACGAACGUGCUAGAGGAUUUUAUAUUUACUCAUUUUUACUUUUUGUCAAACCUUCAACUCGCAUCGACAGGAACGCGAAACAAUAAGAAACAUUUUCCAGUAAUAGACGGUCGUCAUCCUUGUGUGAACUACAGACACACACAUACACCCACACACGAUUAUCAGGAAUCAUAAAUUGCGAACAAUAAAAAGAUUUUGCAUUUAAAG